AGACUGAGGUUCAUAAAAAAAUAAGGUGAAUUAGUGCGUGUUGAGGAGGAAGUUGAGGGUGUGUAAUGGGUUAACUGCGGAAGGCCUCGCCUCACCUUUUAGUGCGCGUCACCCGGCUCUGUAAAGUGGUCCCACCAUCCCAGCAUCCAAACCAAAGGGGGAAAUCACUGCCUCUCGCCGCCGUCAGACGCGCAUCCUCGCCCCGCUCGGUCUCGCAUCAUCCUGUCGGUCUCCGCCCCGCCACUUCAUCAUCUCACACAUCCAGAAGACAGCGGGAACUGAAAGGAAUAAGAGUGAUAUACCGGAACCAUGAAGGACCGCAUACAAGAACUUAAACAUGGGAAGGAGACGACAGAGGAGGAGGAUGAAGUCGCUGUGGGGAUGGAGAAAGGCUUUAUGGAUGAAUUCUUUGAACAGGUGGAGGAGAUCCGGGGUUUUAUCGAGUCUCUGGGAGAGAAAGUCGAGGAGGUGAAGAGGAAGCACAGCGCCAUCCUCGCCUCACCUAACCCCGAUGAGAAAACUAAAGUUGAGCUGGAGGAUCUUAUGGCAGACAUCAAGAAGUUGGCUAACAAAGUACGCUCCAAAUUAAAGAGUAUCCAGCAAACCAUUGAGCAAGAAGAAGGCCAGAACAGGUCAUCAGCUGACCUGAGGAUACGCAAGACACAGCACUCCACACUGUCCCGUAAGUUUGUCGAGGUGAUGUCAGAAUACAACACCACCCAGUCGGACUACAGGGAGCGCUGCAAGGGACGCAUUCAGAGACAGCUGGAGAUCACCGGGAGAAACACAACAAAUGAGGAGCUGGAGAGCAUGUUGGAGAGUGACAACCCGGCUAUCUUCACCUCGGGGAUCAUUAUGGACAACAUCACUGAGCAAGCUAUGAAUGAGAUUGAGACGCGGCACACUGAGAUUAUCAAGAUGGAAAACAGCAUCAGAGAGCUUCACGACAUGUUCAUGGACAUGGCCAUGCUGGUGGAGAGCCAGGGUGAACUGGUGAACAAUAUUGAGCGGAGGGUGCUGGAGGCUCAGGAAUAUGUGGAGCAGGGAAAGGAGAAAAUCCCAAAAUGCAAAAAUUUCAAAAAGACCGGCCGAAAGGGGGAAAUGAUAGACCGCAUAGAGUACAAUGUGGAGCACUCAGUAGACUACGUGGAGAGGGCAGUAUCAGACACUAAGAAGGCGGUUAAAUACCAGAGUAAAGCACGGAGGAAGAAAAUUAUGAUUAUUAUAUGCUGUGUGGUUCUGGGAAUUGUCAUUGCUUCCAUCGUUGGGGGAACGCUGGCCUAAACCUUAACCACAGUCACACUAAAAGACACAGCCGCACACACAACAGAGCAAAAACCCAACAGAUUGUUCAGUUUCCUGUUUUCAUGAAUGCAAUCUACAUACUGUACGACACAUUUUACACCCAGUGUACAGGGCCAGAGGUGUUUUCGCAUGAGUUGCUAUUUUGUAAAUGUGUGGUGCUGCAUACUGUUUAUCUGAGUAUUGAGUGUUGUUAACGAUAUGAUGUUUCAAAAAGUGAAUUCUUGAAUGACAAAGUUACUAAAUGAUAUGUAACACUAAUACAUUCCAACUUCCAAAUAUGACACUUAUUCAUUUGUAAUGUCUAUUUUGUGUUGUACAGGCAAAUCUGUAUCUGCAGUGUUUUCAAAGCCACGUUAUCUAUAGACCUGUUUAUUUACUUUAUUUUUUCUAGUCUUUUUACUUUCUCUCUCUGAUAUCCUCUACCUCCCUUCAAAAGCCCUGAAUGGUUUAGUUCACUAUAAAGUGGUGUUUUGAUUUCUAUUACAAAAGGGAAAGAAGACAUGUUGGAUAUUUUACUCGUAGAAUCAUCACACUGCCAGACUUUUCUAAUGUCAGUUUACGAAAGCAGUGCUACUACUUCAUCUGGCUUUACCAGUUGUGCAGCAUUUGUAACCGUUGCUCCAGUGUUGAGUGUGAGUGUGUGCAUGCAUACAUGUGAAGGAGGAUAUGUGCUUGUUCAUUUGUCACGUGCUGAGUGCCAGUCAUGGGAUGAGUGCUUGUUAUUAGCCACCUGUGUCUUUGUUUUGUAUAAAGUGUAUAAGUGUAAACUGAUAUAAAGCUCUCUAACACUGCCAGUAUGUUCAAAGCUGAGUCUAGUCUGGUUGGAUUGAUAAUUUUGGUCUGUAAGUAACAAACCCUUGUUGUUUUAUGUCUUUUUAUAAAUCCCAAGCUUUCAACAGAGUAUAUCCUUCUGUCAAGCUUCUGUUUAUUUUUAUGAGUGAAAGUCAGUGAAAGCAUUAGCAUGAAGUCAAAGUAGCCCUGUAAAAGACUCUCAUAUCAGUUUUCUGGCAACAACAUCAGACAUGCACAUACUGCAACCAUGUUACCAUGUUGCCUACUCAACUUGUUGCCUUUAUGUUGUAUUGUGAUGACAUGGUUUUGUUUGUUUAAUUUGAGUUUGUUUUUGUUUUGUUUUUCCAAGUAAAGUUUGUUUGAAAAAUCA